GAGGAAAUCUCAGAUCCAACAUGAUUUGGCGCUGUUUUAUUUGCUAUGUAUUUGUGGCAUUGUCUUUGAGACAACUUUUAAGCCACAUAAACAUCAUGCAUAGUCGGAGUCCUGACUUUCGUGUGGUGUGUGGGAUUGAUGGCUGUCCGAGUGAGUACAGAGUGUAUAACUCCUUUUACUAUMACGUAAAGCGGACGCACACACACCAUCUUCUCAACAUUGAGGCAGACGAGGACGAAUCAACUUGCGAUGGAAGUGAAGGAACAGCCACGAACGAACAAACCAACACACCUCCAGUACCCGGGGCUGCAGCGCGUUCUUCAGGAACGUCAGCUGACAAGGGCUCCAGCAUCAUCACUGGAACAAGCAAGUUUCAAGAGGGUGGAGAGGGUCACACGAAUCUGGACCUUUCGAAACAUGCAACUGCUUUUCUCCUUCAAGCCAGAGAAACACAGCGACUGACACAGAGGGCUGUUAACCAUAUGGUGAGUGGAGUCCAGCAGUACCAGGCAGUGUUGUUGGAUCACCUUAAACAGCAAAUGUGCAGCUUGAUUGAAGGACAUUCUGGGGACCUGGAUGAACUAAGGAGUGGAGCAUUAGGGAUCUUUGACAAGUUUGUUGACCCUUUCAGUCAAAUUUCCUCCACUCAUUUGCAGAAUAAAACUAUCAAAGAACUGCUACAACCAGUUGAACCUGAAAUUGUUGUUGCAAAACAAACUGUAUGUUCUGUAAAACAUGGGGACUCCAGAGUUCUUUCCACCAAGGACCAUUGUUUUCAUUAUGUACCGCUGGUGAAAAGUUUGGAGCAACUGCUAUCCCAUUCAAGAGUUCUUGCAAUGAUUGAUGAAGGGCAACAGCAAAGCAAUGAUGGCUUUUUUCAAGAUUUUGUUGAUGGAGACAUUUUUAAGUCACACCCACUGUUUUUGAAAGUUCCUAAAGCAUUGCGGUUGAUUUUUUACACAGAUGAAAUUGAGCUAUGCAAUCCUCUUGGAUCACGGUCAAACAAAAACAAAUUGUUAAUGAUUUAUUACACCUUAGGUAACAUCAGCCCUAAAUACAGAUCAAGACUUGCUGCAAUUCGUCUUCUUGCCAUGGUAAAAUCAAAAGAUCUUUCUCGUUGCGGUAUUGAUGCAAUAUUUGAGAGAAUUCAACAUGACUUACUUAAGCUGUGCGAUGGUGUGCAGAUUGAUACUGCAAAUGGUGCGAGGACAAUUUAUGGAGCACUUCUGUCUGUAUGUGGAGACACACUAGCUCAGCAUGAAGUGGCUGGAUUUAAGGAAGGAGUAGGGUUUGCCUAUAGUAAAUGCAGGCACUGUGAGUGCAACUUUGAAAACAUGCAGAAACAAUUUAAUGAAGAUAUGUUUGUUAAAAGGACAAUGGCAAACCACAACAAGCAAUGCAACGACAUUGAAAAGGCAACCACUGACUUUCUGAGAGAGAGUCUAAAAACAACUCAUGGUGUAAACAGGAGGAGCAAAUUAAUGGAAUUUCCUUACUUUGAUAUAAUCAAUCAAACCCCACAAGAUAUCAUGCAUGUUAUUCUUGAAGGUGUUGCCCCAUAUGAAAUCAAAUGUGUUUUAAAACAUCUUGUGUUGUCAGGACAUAUGGACUUAGAUACAUU